GCUACAUCAGGAUGGUGCAGCAAAGUAGAAAUAUCACUCUGCACAGUGCGGUGAAGCAGGCUGAUUUUGAGGCAGUCAGACAAAUGAUUUCCGAUGGUGCUAAUGUAAAUGAGAUUGACGACUUGAACUUUACACCGUUGCACAGGACAGCAAACGUUGGUGCAACUGAGAUAUUGCAAUUUUUGUUGUGGAAAGGAGCAGACCCUAUGAUUGUUACAGACCGUGGCUGGACAGCGGUUCACAUAGCAGCGAUCCGAGGUCACGAGGCUUGUGUCCAAUCGCUGGCCGAUCAUGGAGUGUGCCUGUCUACGCAGGACAACAAUGGACUCAGUCCAGGCCACCUGGCUGCUAUUCAUGGGAACUCAUCCUGUCUUUUGUCUCUGCUGCGGGCCGGCGCGGAUGUGGAAACGACGGAUAUACAUGGUUGGACCAUGCUCCAUUGUGCAGCAUUCCACGGUCGUCUUGGCUGCGUGCAACUGCUGUUGCGAUGGGGUUUCCGUUUGGAUGAUACUGACAACGGUGGUAACACAGCAGGUAUCAAUUCUACCUUUUUGGUCUAUGUUAUACGCAUAUCUUAA